AUGAGAACCCCAGCAGAAACUCGGCGUCCCGCUGGGGUAUGGAGGGGUCUGCUGACACACCUGUUGCCCCUGGAAGAUGGCGUCUCAGAGACGCACAGCCAGGCCAGGGUCGGCCUCCAGGGCCGGCUCCUUGGACGCUCUCCUCCUCCCUGCUACCGGCUGGAACGUCCUGGGGCCUCAGCUCUCCAGCAGCAGCAGUGGAAGCCAGCGUGGCGACCAGCUGGCUUCUUUCGAUGGGUCAGGCCCAAGGAAGUCAUAGAUAAGGGAACAGACACCUUGCAUGCCGACGGCAGGAAGGCAGCUGCCUCAGAGGAGAAGCUGAGCCCAGAGACUUCAGGCGCCUACCCACAGUCCCUCCAAUACAAGGACCCAAGGCAGAGGGGUCACUGGGAAUCAACGCACAGUCAAAUAAUUCUCCUCUUGCUUGCUGCCAAGCUGAGAACAUGCCCCGAUCAUCUCAGUCUGUGCAGAAGGUCUGGAAUGCUGGGUGAUUCCAGGAAAGACCUGCCACCAGCGUCCCCCGAGAGCAGAGGCCUUUUGGCACAAGCAUCUCACUGGGCCCGGAGCGGCUGUAUCAAGGUCUGGAGAACCAGCCUCGGUUUCCUCUAAGCAUGGAGUCACUGGUCCGCGGACAAGUCCAAAGCCAGGGUUUUCAAGACCACAUGCUGGGCCCUGCUACCCUUUUCUGGACUCUGAGGAGAAGGGAGGGAAACAAGGAAGAACUAUAGCAUUUGUUUUGGGGGAUGAUAGUAUUUUUUUUUUCUCAAGCAGCUGCGAACUUAGAGCACAGGUUCAAUAAUGGCUUUAGGAAGCCCCACAUGUUGGGUGGAUGAAUCUGCUGGGACUCUGAGUUCCAGCUGAGAAAAAUCCCCUUGCUUAGCAGGCAUGUGCUAAACAUUUCAGGGGUGGGUCUGGCUGGAUACCUAACUCAGAUCAAACGAGGCCAGGAGUCAAUCUUUCUCUUGCUAACUCUUCAUUCAAAUUCCUCUUUGCGGCUUUCAUUCUCAGCACACCCUCAUGUGAAGGCUCGAGGAAUC